AUGAAGGUUCCUCCAGGGCCGAAGUACCUACUCAGUCUAAUACCCUUCUUUGCCAAACCAUCUGUGAUCGUCUACUUUUCACUAAGUCUAUUGCGGCAGCAUGUAAAGUUGUCUAUCCCACAAUGGAUGAUCAUCAUGCUGUCCAUAUUUGCACGACCGUGCCUAUUUGUGCUUGAAAACUAUGUUUCAGAGUGGCUCAAUGAACGCGCUGCUGCCCAACAUGGUGCCAAAUUGGCGACACGCUGCCCAGAAUCAUCUCUUUCUCUGGUCACUGAGUUCACGGAAUCAAUUUUGACUGGCUAUCCAGAUGAACCUGGUCAUGUCAAGGCCAUUCUUUCUAGUCAAUUCGAAUCGUUCGAGAAAGGACCUAUGCUAUAUUCGCAGCUCGAAUCAUUCUUUGGCACAGGGGUGUUUAAUGCUGAUGGUGAAAUGUGGAAGUCCGUAUCUUUGCAACUCUUCUUGAACGAAACCAUGUUCACGCCUAUUAUCAGAUUCCAUCGUGCUAUGACAAGACCAUUCUUUACAAAGGACAGGAUCAGUCAUUUUGAUCUAUUUGCGAGGACUUGUGACAUGUCCCUAGCCACAGCAAAGAAUAGGCUUUCAGAAGGAUACUCAAUUGACAUUCAGGAUCUUGUCUCGCGAUUUACCCUUGAUUCAAGCACUGAGUUUCUAUUUGGAGGCUCCGUAGGAUCCAUCCUUGGUGGUCUGCCGUAUCCACCAUCUUCCUCGAGGGAAAAUCCUCCCGAAUUUUACAAUCACCCUUCAACUACAUUUGUCGAUGCUUUUACUAAAGGUAUGGGUUAUACUGCACUACGACUGAUUAGAGGCAACCAAUGGCCUCUCAGCGAGUUUUGGAAGGACGUUGUGGCGCCGUUGCGAGAAAUUAUGGACCAAUUCACAGAACCGCUAAUGCAAGCUGCAUUAAACAAACGGGGGACGUGA